AUGGAGCAAGAAAACUAUACCAGGGUCCAGGAGUUCAUCCUCUUGGGGUUCCCGACCAUCAUGGAACUCCAGGUGCUACUCUUUGUAAUAUUCCUCAUUGUGUACACGCUGACUCUCUUGGAGAACAUGGUUAUCAUUACUUUAAUCAGGACAAACCAUCACCUCCACAAACCUAUGUACUUUUUUCUUAGCAAUCUCUCCUUCCUGGAGGUCUGGUAUAUCUCAGUCACUGUCCCCAAACUGUUAAUCAACUUGCUGGUGAAGAAUAAGAGCAUUUCCUUCAUUGGCUGCAUGGCCCAGCUCUACUUCUUCAUAGCCUUAGUCUGUACUGAGUGUGUCCUCCUGGCUGUCAUGGCUUAUGACCGCUAUGUGGCCAUUUGUAACCCACUUCGUUACCCAGCCAUCAUGAGCAGCCAUCUAUGCCUGCAGCUGUCUAUGAGCUCUUGGUUGAUUGGUUUCCUUAUUUCCAUGCUGAAAGUCUUUUUCAUCUCUCAGUUGUCAUUCUGCGGACCCAAUAUCAUCAACCACUUCUUCUGUGACAUCAGCCCUUUGCUCAAUCUCUCCUGUACAAACAUGCUGGUGGCAGAAGUGGUGGAUUUUGUCUUUGCCUUGCUUAUACUGCUGAUCCCACUCUCCAUCACCAUCAUCUCUUACGUCUGUAUCAUCGGAACAAUCCUGUGCAUACCCACUGCCCAAGGCAGGAGGAAAGCUUUUUCCACUUGUGCCUCCCACCUCACUGUUGUCAUCAUUUUCUUCUCAGCAACCCUUUUCAUGUAUGCCCGGCCCCAGAGGAUCCACUCCUUUGACCUCAACAAACUGGUGUCAGUUGUGUACACUAUUGUCACUCCAAUGCUAAACCCAUUCAUAUACUGCCUAAGGAACCAAGAGGUGAAGGGGGCUCUGAAGAAGACUUUGUGUGGCAUGAGUGCUCACUUCAAGAUCUCCAGUGUUGAUCACUAA